AUGAAUGCAGACUGUGUCUAUGACUUCCCCCCAUCUGUCAGUAAAGAUGUCCCUGAUACUCAGCCUAUCAGAGAGGAGACCUACGAUGUUCCUCCACACUUUGCCAAACUCAAACCCCAAGUCCCUGUCCCUCCUAGCCAGUACCUGCACAAAAGCCUGAAUGACAAUGACAAAGAGCCACCCAUUCCAGAGGAUGUGUAUGAUGUCCCGCCCCCCGUUCUGACUGCAAAGCAUUAUCACAGUGAUAAAAGCAGGGUGAGCCAUGUCCCCCAGGAGAUCUAUGACAUCCCAGCCAGCCUGCGGACCGAAGUUCAGCCCACACAGGAUGUCUAUGACUUCCCCAGGGAAAGAGAGGAAAGAGGAGGAGAGAAGGUUGAUCACUAUGUCUAUGACUUCCCACCACAGGUUGUGCGUGAUGCCCAGUCCACCAGUGAGGAACUAAACAUGUCCUUCAAGCGGCUUUCUGCCUCGAGUACUGGAAGUACACGGAGCAAUCACUCUGCUUCAUCCUUAGACAUGGUCUCUGUCCAUGACACCUUGUCUUCCUCUUCAGUUCCUGCUCCUGGCUGCAUUUCAGGGAAACCCCUCAUCUUGGACCUAGAGCAGGCCAUGGAGCGUCUGUCUCGUCUACAGCAAGCCGUUGAGUCCAGUGUUUCCCUCAUGAUGUCCUUCAUCACAGGUAACUGGAGAAGCCCUGCUCACCUGGAAGGGAACCUUUCAGCUAUUCAUCAGGCCGCAGACCGGGUGCGUGCCAGUGUCCGAGAUUUCUUAGAAUUUGCCAGGGGGGCUGUGGCAAAUGCAUCCCAGGCCACAGACCGCUCUCUGCAGACUAAACUGGGCCGACAGGUGGGGAAGAUGGAGGAGGUCUUCCAGAGUUUGGUUCAACACAGUCAGAGCUUAGAUGCUAUUUCCUGGUCACACAAGGCACUCACAGCACCGCCACCGGGAGGGGAUGAUUUAGAUCAAAUAAUCAUGACAGCACGGGGGAUCCCAGACGAUGCCAAGCAGCUUGCCUCCUUUCUCCACGGUAAUGCUUCUCUUCUCUUCAAACGGACCAACCGGCAGCAGCAGCUGCCACUUCCUCCAAUUCCAGGGAAGAUCAGCAGUCACCUGACAGGAUCAGGUAGUGGGAGCUAUCAGGGAGGGGAGAAGAUGAACAUUCAGUCACGACCCCUCCCCUCACCACCAAAGUUUACAGCUGGAGUGGAAGAGGAAGGUGUGAACAGGCCAUAUGAGACCACAGAGGAAGGGUGGAUGGAGGAUUACGACUAUGUGCAUCUACAGGGAAAGGAAGAGUUCGAGAAGAACCAAAGACAGCUGCUGGAGAAAGGCAACAUCAUCCGCCACAACAAGACACAACUGGAACAGCAACAGAUUAAGCAGUUUGAACGGUUAGAGCAGGAAGUCAGCCGACCAAUCAACAAUGACAUGACGGGUUGGGUCCCGCCCCCCCACCACCCUCUGGCCGACCAGCUAGCCCAGAAUGGCUCUGAAGGCCCCUCUUCCUCCAAGCUCUGCUACGGCGACCAGCAGCUCCUCCUGUUUUACCAGGAGCAGUGUGAGCAGAAUGUAACCACCGUGACCAAUGCCAUUGAUGCCUUCUUCACUGCUGUCAACUCCAAUCAGCCGCCCAAGAUUUUUGUAGCACACAGCAAAUUUGUCAUCCUCAGCGCACAUAAGCUGGUGUUCAUCGGCGACACACUUUCACGUCAGGCCAAGUCUCCUGAGGUGAGGGCACAAGUGGCCCAGAAUAGCAACAUCCUCUGCGAAAAACUCAAAGACAUUGUGAUCAGUACAAAGACAGCAGCACUUCAGUAUCCUUCCCCUGGAGCAGCAAAAGACAUGAAUGAGAGGGUGAGGGAGCUGGCUGGGUAUACACAGCAGUUCAGGAUGGUGCUGGGACAAUUAUUGCUGAUGUAGGGGUUGAGAGGGGAGAAGGAAAAAAACAAUGACACAAUGAGAGGAGUAAAUGCUCCCUGUAACACAUCAUUGAUGACACUGUGUACACCCUUUCAGUGUAAGGUUGGAGACCUUCGACCGGAAGAGGAUUUCCAUUCAUUUUGUUUGUUACAUGAAGUAAGGGAAACCCUGAGACCCUGUCUGGGACUGGGAGGCUGACCUCAUAUCCAUCCUCUGCUCCCUCCCUCCCUCGCUUUACACUUGGACCAUUCCUCUUUAAUCACUCCUUCCACAGCACGUUUUUUUCUAGACAAGCUAAAAGAAACAUUUUAUCAUCAGUGGGCUGGGCCAAUGGUUGUAAAAUAAUCAUUGUAAUUAUUUAGGGUAAAUAUUUAGUCAUAAACCAGAACAAUAAAAGACCACAGAACUUCCAUUGUAUAAAUAUAAAUAUAUGGCUCUUUUUUUCAAUAAGAUGAAAACAUAAAUGUAGUUUUUGACAGUAUCAAUAAUAAUAUAAUUAAUAUUGCUAUACCAUUGAUUAUGGCUGAUUCUUUAUCCUUGUAUCUUUAUUGUUAUUGACAUGUAAAUGGAGAUGUUGUACUAUGUUUAUGCUCUUCCAUCCUUGACAAAGGCACACUUCAUGAAAACACUGGAGCACACAGCCAUCUUUAAAGUUCCCCUGAUGACAAACUGACAGCUCUACAUGUUGCCUCUGAGUUUGAGCAAGGUGUCCACAUUGAGUUCACCAGUGCAGGCAAAACUCCUGCCAAAAGAUGUCAACAUAACUGUACAGUUCCAGUACUGUAGUUAUUAAUGAUUAUCUCAGUGCCAUCUCAACAGCUUUUUUUGUAAAUCUACGUCGGUUGUUUUGUUCGAGGCAUGUAUCGAGCGAAAGCGUGUAAAGGGUUAAAGAUAAACAAAUGCAAUUAAACCUGUUUUUUUCUUUUCUGGACACUGA